AUGAGUAACGCUAUCACGGAAGAAAAGCCGACCUUAUCGGAGGUCGAAGCACAUCCCACCUCCGCCGACAUAGCUGUCUACCAUGAUGAGAAGAUCGAUGACAGAGCGCGCGCUAUCAAUGCCGAGCAAAUUGAACAUGACAUGACUGUGCUUCAGGCUGUGAAAGCCUAUCCCGCUGCCAGUUGGUGGGCAUUCGUCAUGUCAUGCACCAUUAUCAUGGAGUCCUACUGUGUUUUCCUUAUGGGGCAGUUCAUAGCCACGCAUGAAUUUGCCAAGGAUUUUGGUAAACAAAUCGGUCCCAAUACCUGGAUCAUCGAAGCCUCAUGGCAGUCCGCAUUUCAGUGUAGUGGACCAGUAGGUGCCUUCAUCGGCGUCUUCAUCGCAGGUCCCAUAACUAGUAGGAUCGGAUAUCGAUGGGCAACCAUUGGCGGUCUCAUGGCUCUGAACGCCUUCAUCUUCAUUUUCUAUUUCGGCAACAGCCAAGGCAUGUUUUUCGCGUCACAGAUCUUGGAAGGCAUUCCAUGGGGUAUUUUCAUCGCCAAUGCACCCGCUUAUUGCUCCGAAAUUGUGCCAUUGAGACUGAGAGCUCCAGCGACGCAGAUGCUGCAGAUGUUCUGGGCUAUUGGCGCACUUAUUGUCGGAGGUAUCACUUACCACUACCAAUCAAAGAAUGACUCUUCGGCGUACAGAGUUCCCAUUGCACUUCAGUGGAUGUUCCCCACUCCUCUCGCCAUUCUACUCUUCAUUGCGCCUGAAUCACCUUGGUGGCUUGUACGCAAAGGUCGUCUCGCCGAGGCAGAGAAGGCUAUUGCACGACUUGGGCGCGCUUCUGCAAAUGACAAUCCCGCAGACGCAGUCGCGAUGAUACGACGUACAAUCGAGCUCGAGAAGAGCGUGAAGCAGCCCAAUCUUGUUGAGCUAUGGAGAGGUACCGAUCUUUACCGAACUUUGAUUGUUUGCGGUGUAUACGCGUCUCAAAACCUGACGGGCAACCUGAUCGCUAACCAGGCGGUGUACUUUUUCAAACAGGCCGGCAUGGCAGACGAUACCGCAUUCGCUCUUGGUCUUAUCACUUCCGCCCUCCAGUUGAUCAUGGUCAUAGUCUCUUGGGUCCUCACUACCUACCUCGGUAGACGUACCAUUUAUGUCUAUGGUCAAUUCAUUGCCACUGGAUUUUUAGUCGCGCUUGGUAUUGCGGCUUCAGUUGGUCAUAGUAAGGCCGCUACUAAUGCGCAAGCAUCACUUGCCUUGCUCGUCUCAGUCCUUUUCUGUCUGGGACCUGCUCCUGCUUCAUGGGUCAUUAUUGGCGAGACUUCUUCCGUUCGUCUUAGACCACUGACGACCGGUAUCGGACGAGCUGCUUAUUACUUGGUCAAUAUUCCUUGUAUCUUCCUUGCUAGUUACAUGCUCAAUUCUGAUAAGUGGGACUUGGGCGGCAAGAGUGGCUACGUCUGGGCUGGCACUGCCUUGUUCUGCAGUGUUAUGUCUUGGCUCUUUAUUCCAGAGAUGAAGAAUAGAUCCUACCGUGAGAUCGAUAUCUUGUUUACGCGUAAAGUACAGGCUCGCAAAUGGUCGAGGACAGUGAUCGACAUCAACGAUGAUGAGUAG